GCCAUCGAACGGCCUCCCCUGCUUCAAUUUUCUUUCUAUGUGUUUUUUGGUCCGAGAUGGAGCUGACGCUGAGCCUUGGAGAGUCGACGGAGAAGGCUUUGGAAGAGGUCGCCGGAGAUGGCGGCGAUAGGCAGAGCGGAUUUUGCAUGGGGUUAGGAUUUGCGCAAGAAAGGAGAGUAGAAGUGGGAGAAGAGAGCAGAGGAGGAUAUGAAGGGUGGUUAAAGGUGGAAGAAGGGGGGUGGUCUGUUGAUCCACCGGUGCAGCUUAACCUGCUCCCUCUCGCACCUAUCCCUCGCCUGGACUCAACGCAACUGGCACUUCCAUGGUCGACGGAAGACACAGUGAAUUUGGAGACUCCGCCGGUGGAAGAAGAAGAUGAACGGGCAGCGAUAUCGUCGUCGCCGAUCAGAAUGGUCUCCUCCUUACAUAUGAACUUUGCCAGCGGCGGCGGCGGAGUUGCAGUGGAGAGGGCUUCGUCAAGAGGAAGCGACGAGGAGGAGAACGACAAAGGAAGGAAAAAGCUUCGGCUUUCCAAGGAGCAAUCCGCCUUUCUUGAGGAGAGUUUUAAAGAGCAGAACACACUCAACCCGAAGCUCAAGUUUGUUCUUGCCAAACAGCUCAAUCUUCGUCCUCGGCAGAUAGAAGUUUGGUUUCAGAACCGCCGAGCAAGGUCGAAGCUCAAGCAAAUGGAGAUAGACUGCGAGUUCCUGAAGCGUCGCUGCGAGAUGCUGAGAGAGGAGAACAGCCGCCUCCAUAAAGAAGUUACAGAGCUUCGUGCCAUUAAGAGCUUCCACAUUCAGGUCCCGCCCACUACACUCUCCAUCUGCCCUUCCUGCGAGCGCGUCUCCCCUCCUGCUUCACCUCCACAGUCGCCGCCGACCCCUCGUUAGCCGCCGUCUUCGACGCCACUGACAGGCCGCCGGCCGGCCUUCUUUUUACUGCUUCUCGUUUUCCCGAAGCUCAAGUCGGCUGAACGUCGCUGCCUCGGCCGACACAAUAGUCAGCCCUGGACCAUUAGAUAACUGUUAUGGAUUUGGCUUUUGACUAUUUUGCAAAAAAACAAAAAACAGUUGUAAAGCAUCUGCAUUUUAUUUAAGAAUAUUAGUUUCAGUGGUUUACGGUUA